AAACUCAUAUUAUUUCCUUACAAUACAUUUUGACACAUAAUGUCGCUGCUGUGCACGAAAAGUAAUGUAAAACUGUUAUAGAUGGGAAGAGCGUAAGGAAUGUAUAGAUUGGAAUGCUGCGAGGAAGCUUGAUUCAGGUUUUGAAAAUAGCAACACUAAGAAAUACAAGCAGGAGAAGCAUGACUACAUUGCCUAAAGUUAUUGUUCAGAACAGGGAAGAUGAUGAGGAUAUACAUUUGUCUUUUAAGUUUGGCACAAGUGAGCUUCCUGAGCGGCAAUUCAACUUUAAAAGGUCCAAAACUGAAGAUCUAGGACGUGUUUUUUCUCGGAUCAUCAAUAACAUCUCUUCAGCAAUUGCAAAGAAACAAAAGAAGAAAAAAACAAGUAGUGAAACUGAUACAAGUACAACUGAUGAUUUUAAUGUUCAGCUAACAUACAAAGGAACUUGUGUGUGUGAAGAAGAAAAAAACUGUGAUGCAUGGAAAAAUGGAGCUGUCUUGUCUGUUGCUGGUAUAGAAUACGAGGUGAGUGUUAAUGCACCCUAUGUGAAAUCUAUUAAUUUACCAUGCAGCAUAAUGGCAGGUUUUCCUCUGUACCCAAAACUAGAAUUGGAGUUUGCAGACCAAGAGGAUUCAAAAAUUGUGUGGUACAAAACUGCAGAAAAACUUGUGAAUGGUGGAAUAAACAACAAAGCAAAUAAUCAAAAAUGGGUGAAUGCUGGAGAAGGUUAUUUUUAUUUCCCAGAAACUGAUGAUGUUGGACGGUUUAUUAAAGUGAUUUGUACUCCAUAUCAAGAUUCUCGGACUGGACUUGACAAAGAAGCUAUUUCUGCUGGUAUGGUGGAAGCUGGUCCAGGUCUUUGUCCAUUUGAUGAAAGACAUCUGUACACGUCAAGUCUUACAGAUAAGGGCAGCUUUCGCUGUGUCUCAUAUAAUAUCUUAGCAGAUUUAUAUGCAGAUUCAGAAUAUUCUCGAACUGUUCUAUUUCCCUACUGCCCACCUUAUGCUUUGGCCUUGGACUACAGAAAACAGCUUUUGCUGAAAGAGAUCCUUGGUUACAAUGGUGAUGUUAUAUGCUUACAGGAAGUGGAUAGCAAAGUGUUUCAUUCUGAUCUUUAUCCUCUACUAAAAAUAGCUGGGUUAGAGGGUGUUUUUAGUGAGAAGGGUGGGCAGGUAGUGGAAGGGCUGGCUUGUUUCUUCAGGACUUCAAAAUUUAAGUUGAAAGACUCAAAAAGAGUUGUGUUAAGUGAAAUACUGAAUUCUGACCCAGUAUUUAGUGAUAUUCACACCAAGAUCUAUGAGAACCAAACCUUAGCUGAGAAAAUCAUAGCAAGAACAACUACAUUACAGGUUGUGCUUCUGGAGAGCCAAGAAGUUUUGGGAAAAUUUCUGUUGAUUGCUAAUACACAUCUCUACUUUCGUCCUGAUGCUGACAACGUUCGUCUUUUACAGACAAUAACAUGUGUGCGUUACAUAGAAAAUAUUCUGAAACAAACCAAGGAAAAGGAUCCCAACUGUGAGAUUGCAGUAGUUUUUUGUGGAGAUUUUAACAGUUGUCCAGAGUUUGGUGUGUAUGAGUUUUUAACCACUGGAAGUAUUUCUCAAGAUUCACCAGACUGGAAAAGUGUACCAGAAGAAGCUGUGGAAGGAGUUAAAACAAGCCAUUCCUUGAAGCUAGACAGCAGUUGUGGCUCUCCACCAUACACCAACUACACGUCAGGAUUCUAUGGCUGUUUAGACUACAUAUUUUAUGACACAGAUUUGCUUAAGGUGUCCAGCAUUGUUCCUCUUCCUGAUCAUGCUGAUGUAACACAGCAUGUUGCACUUCCUAGUAUUACUUUUCCAUCAGAUCACUUAGCAUUAAUCUGUACAUUACAGUGGCUUCAAGGUUAGAUGCAGUAAUGUGAAAUGUAAUUUGUAUAAAAGCAAAAUAAAGAAUGCUUGUCUUA